AUGGAAAUUGCACAUUUUUCAUGGAUAAAUGGACGAGUUUCUCGAACAUUAUUAGUAACACCUUUCACUACAGAUUUAUCAAAACUAUUUGUAGAUGUUUGGAUGAAAAAUCAAAAAUCAUCACUACUAUUCACAUCAUAUUAA